AUGAAGCAUAUGGUUCACCCCCUAACGAGAGGUCCCCCCGAUACCGUGCACGGGAUGACGACACGUAUGAUCGAACCGAUUCCUACAGACGAAGAUCUCCAGGUAAGCGAAUCUGUACUUUCGCCGAGUCCACCUCCGUUGACUUUUCCAGUGAACGACAGACGUCGCCCACCUCCGCGGACUCGAUCGCGCUCCCCUGCCGCCAUCGAUCGUUAUCAACCGGAAAGAGAUCGUCCGGCUCGAGAUGACUUUUACGAGCCACAGAGAGCUGCGACACGUGAGCGAGAUGAUCGCCGGAGAGCUCCAUCGCCCACUGCGGCCAACAUCGAUCGAUAUGUUCCGGGUCAAGAACCUAACAAACAGGUCGUCCGCGUGAAUCCUUUGGCCAAUCCUCUAUCGUUGGAGACGCAAGCCGGCUUCAGCUACUUCGCUGAUUGGUGGCGUUGUGAACAGCAAAUCAAAGAAGAGAAGGAGAGAGUUAAGCAUGGAGGCCGCAGACCGUCGGAUCGCGUCAAAGGUGAAAGAGAGGCCAAAGAAGAUCGUGAGAAAGAAAGAUCCCAAAUCCAACAAGGCUACGACCAAUACAAGCAAGAUUUCCAAGUCAGAAUGGCCCGACAAUUCGUCCAGCUCCACCGAGGGGAAGAAUGGUUCAAAGAGCGAUAUGUACCCGAAAUUCGAGAUCCCAUUCGAAAACGAAUCAUGGAAUCUCGGGAGGGUGCCUACGAACAAUGGGUCAAGGAUAUCGAGAGUGGCGUCUUUGACGACUUCACACUCGAAGGCAUCUACAAGAAUGACAGCGAUGGAGCCGGUGGCAUGAUUGAGAAGGAAGAAGGUGAAGCCGUCGGUGGUAACGAAGUUCUCGGCGUUCUUGAUCUGGUUCCCGCCAAGGGAGGUGAGCUUCGAGAUGAAUCUGUCCAUCAGCCUGCUUUACUCAUCAAGACACUGGCACCAAAUGUUGGAAGAGAUCGGAUCGAAGAGUUCUGCAAAGAACACCUGGGCGAAGGGGAGGGUGGCUUUCGAGGCUUGUCAUUGAGUGACCCUAAUCCGGCCAAGAAAUUCCAUCGAAUCGGAUGGAUUAUGCUCAAUCCUGGUCUGGAGGAGGACGCUGACGCCAUGCAAGAAGUUGAACGUGGUGACGGCCGUGAGGAUGACGAAGAAGGAGAAGAGAAGCCGGAGAUCGAGAAGGUCACAAUUGCUCAGAAGGCUCUGGAGUUGGUGAAUGGGAAAACCAUCACCGACACCGUCAGGGGCGAUUUUACGUGCCACGUUGGCGUUCAUAACGUCCCGAGUGCUCCACGAAAGAAGGCUCUGUGGGAUCUAUUCUCUGCGUCGGAACGUGUGGAGAGAGAUUAUCAGCUUGCCCGCAGAUUGGUCGCCAAGUUAGACAACGACCUGGGUAAAGAUGAAAUCACUUCAGGUCUUGCCAAAAUCGACCAUCGAGUAGAACAGAUGAGGAGCCAGGGACUCUUGCAGCCACCUCCUAAACCGAAGAAACCCAGUUUUGAGGACAACGAUGACGAAAUCAAGUUCGACGAAGAGGGAGAAGAAGGCGAAGAGAACGAUGACGAGCAAGAUGACGACGAGUUGUUGUUUACCAAGAAGAAGCUCGACCUCAUGGUGGAAUACCUUCGCCGAGUCUUUAACUUUUGUCUGUUCUGUGUCUUUGAGUCGGACUCAGUCCAUGAAUUGGUACGAAAAUGCCCAGGCGGUCAUCUACGAAGGCCUCGAGCAGGACUCAGCACCAUGGCAAAGGCUGCUGCUCGAGCGAGCGCAUUCGGAGAGCCUUUCCCCGGGAAGAAAAGGGACGGAAAAGAGAAUGGCUACGACGAGGAUUCAAGUCCUGUCCAGGAACAGCGCUCUCAGAAAUUCAACAAGACCGACCAACAACUUCUUAGAGCCUUCAAUUGGGUCAAGACGUUCGAGGAAAAGAUUCUCCAAAUCCUGGAACCUGAGGAUGUCGAUUUGAAGAAAAUCGGCGGUAAACCUGUGGAAGAAGCAAUCGACGAGGAAUUGGCAAAAUUUGUCAAGCAAGAAGACGAAGCCAAGUACCGAUGCAAAGUCCCUGAGUGUGCGAAAUUGUUCAAGGCAGAACACUUCUGGAAGAAACACGUUGAGAAGAGACACGAUGAAUGGUUUGCAGGGUUGAAGAACGAUCUUCAACUUGUCAACCGAUAUGUGCUUGACCCUUCACAUAUCGCGCCUUCACGAUCAGAUGCCAAUUCCAAUGGACAUUUCCCUCUUCCGAGCAACCAUCAUCUCAAUAAUGGUACACCUCGUGGCUUCAGUCUUCAAAAUAUGGGUAUGAACAUGAUGAAUUUUGGUCAGAACUCGAUGAUGGGAAUGCCAAACGUCCCCACUCCUUUCCUUCCUGGCGUUGGCUUCAACGAUGGUAUGAAUGGUGGAUCACACACUGGCGGGCCCAUCCGACGUGGCGGAGGCCGAUAUGGCAAUAGAUCAGGUCCAUAUGAUCGAAACCAACGUGGCAGCCAACGUGGAUACAACAACAUGGGCGGGAUGCAGCGAGGCAAUUUUGUUCCAGGCAUGAACCCCGGCUUCAUUGCUCAAGGUGGAGGUGGAGGUGGCGGUAAAUGGGGAGAUGGCAGCGGUGGAAUAAACGCUGUAGGACCUAGAGAAGCGGUCCAGGGGCGCAGUAUCAAAUCAUACGAAGACCUCGAUGCUCAACCGAACGGUGGAUCAGGUGGAGGUGCUCAAGCCGCCGCUCAAGCGGGAGCAGGUGCCGAGCUGGACUAUUAG